GAGACUACACCUACCCCUACUGAUAACUGAAUUUGUAAGCUCGCGAUGGGUAAGGACAAAUCUGAGUCGAACUGAAAUGGCGGCAUUGUGUGCGGAUAGAGGUCCGCUCUUCAAAGUAAUCUUGUUGGGCGAAGCAGGAGUAGGAAAAACAGCAAUUUUUCAUCGUGCCAAGGAUAAUACAUUUAAUGAGGGAAGGAAAAGCACAGUGGGGAUCGACAGUUUUUCUCUCUACGUAAAAGUUGGCGAUCAACAAGUUACGCUUGGUGUAUGGGACACAGCUGGAGUGGAAAGAUUUCGGACAAUAACCAAUAACUAUUAUCGUGGGUCUCAUGCGGCAAUUUUUGUGUACAGUAUGGAUGAACCUUCAUCAAUACACUAUUUAGGCCACUGGAUACGGGACGUGGAAGAAUAUUCUCCAGAUGCUAUAAAGAUACUUGUCGGAAAUAAAAAAGACCUCGAUGGUCAGAUAUCAAAUGAGACCAUUGAAUUAUUCAACAGUGGAAAUGAUUGCAAACUUAACAUGCGCACAUCAGCAAAGACAGGGGAGGGUAUUCAAGAAACUUUUAAUGCCAUUGCUGACCUGUUGGUACAACGAGGAAUUGACAAAGACUCAUCACCCAAAGGUUUGGAGUUGGAAGCCCCUCCACCCAUGGUACGGCAGUGGAAAAAUGGUUGCUGUUCAUGAUAUUAUACAGUUCUAGAGUCGUCCUAAUUAUUGGUAGAGGCUAUUAAAAACUUUUACUUGCCUUAAAUAAGAAGCCACACUACAAUAUUUGAAGGCAUUUUCCAAAAUAUACAGACUCUCUUUAACCUGAGGGAAAGUGUAAGAUAUUUUUAUUACAGAUUAGUAUAAAAUAGUAUAGAAUAGAAAAGAAUAAAUUUAAGCUGAAGGAAUGCAGAUGACUGAGGAUCCCUUCCUUUAAUUUUUCAAGUCUGUAUUGAGACUGUAGAAUGUUUGGAAUAUUUAACACAGAAAUGAGUUUUUUUUAAAAGACUUUGGUGUCAACUCUUUUCUGAAUUGUUGUGUACAAUUUAUCAAUAAUGACUAGCAUAAUGCAAACCUGCUUUUUGAAAUUAUUUUGUGUCAGACUUGAGCACACUCUUCCUGACUUAGACAGGGUGUCAUGCAAGCCAAAGAAAUCAGGGUAAAAGUUUGUCAGCAAGUUCUGUGCAGCACCAACAAUUUUUCUGCUGAUUUCUUCAGAACUGCAUGUUUAACUUUUUGUCCUCUCAAUGUAUUUGAAAUAGCCCAGCUCUGAAGCAGUUAAAUGUAUUAUGCUUAAGCUCAGUUAGUUACUCUUUUGUUCUGCAGCCAAAAUUUAGAUAGUUGCAACUGUGGAUAUCAAUGUCUGGUUAAUAGGCUGUGUUUUUUUUCUCUCUCAGACAACAACUUCAAUUGUUUGUCAGACAACUAGAUUAUUUGUGAGUUUAAAGUUUUUAUCUUAGUACUGUAGGGUGACUGGAUUGCAACUGUCAUGUAGCAGAGGUUUGUUUCCUUUUAUUACAAAUAUUACCCAAAACAUUAAUAUUAUGCCUUUCAUGCUAUGUGCAAACAAUAAAUUAUUUUAAGUGGGACUAAAAUGUGAAUUUUUGGUGGAUGGACCAGCAUUCUGUCCAAGGUGGUAGAAACACUCUUAUUUUUUAUAAACCAGCCCUACCCACAUUUCCUGCAAUUGAUACAAACGUUAUUUAGUUUCAUUUGAGUCAAGUGAAAUGUGAUUUGGUUAUUUUCUACCACUGUGAAAAUUUUCAAAAGUAAUUCUAAAAUAAAUUUGAGGUUCUGUUAGAAUAGCCUUGAAUGCAUGCAAUACUUUUAGCUAAUUACUAUGUUGGUGAUAUGUUUUAUUGUUAGAUUUAGAUUAUUUUAACAUAAAGAGCUAGAGUUUAUUGUUGGUUUAGCCACUGAAGAAAGGAACCAUAAAUGCUACUUGUACAUCAUCAGUCUUUGUCAUACAAAAUAAAGUUAGAAAAAUUUAAAUUAUGAUCAUUUGUGAUAAUUUUUAAUAAACUAUAAUCAUAUCUGU